AUGUGCGGAAUUUGCGCUGUAACAGGGCGUCGUGAUGCAACGCCGAUCAUUUUUGAAGGUCUGCGGCGUCUGGAAUAUCGCGGUUAUGAUUCCGCUGGUAUCGCCACGCUGUGCAAUGGUCAGAUCAGCCGCCGUCGUGCAGCCGGAAAGCUGAGCAAUCUGGGAGAGGUUCUGGGGCAGGAACCGCUUGCUGGAACAACAGGCAUCGGUCACACACGCUGGGCGACGCAUGGGGUGCCGAACACGACCAAUGCGCAUCCGCACGGAACAUCGCGCGUGGCGAUCGUUCAUAACGGGAUCAUAGAAAAUUUUGAGCGGCUCCGUUCGGAGCUGGAAGCGGCAGGACAGGUUUUCGAGACCGAAACCGAUAGCGAGACGAUUGCCAGACUGGUCGAUCAGUAUCUUCAGGAGGGAUAUCUCCCUCAGGAAGCCGCGUUUGCAGCUCUGGAUCGUCUGGAAGGUGCUUACGCUGUGGCGAUGAUCUUCGCUGGUCAUGACGGGCUGCUGAUUGGUGCGCGUCAUGGUGCACCUCUCGCUGUUGGGUACGGGGACGGGGAGAUGUUCCUUGGGUCGGACAGUCUGGCUCUGGCUCCUCUGACCCGCCGCAUCGCCUAUCUGGAAGAUGGUGAUCGUGUUGUCGUGACGUCAGAAAGCGCGAUGUUCUUCACGGAAGACGGGCAGCCUGCGCAACGCGCCAUUCAGACGACAGCCUUUAUUGCCGGAGCAGUCGGCAAGGAUGGUUACCGGCAUUACAUGGAAAAGGAACUUCAUGAACAUCCUCUGGUCAUUGGCCAGACGCUGCGUCGCAUGAUUGAUCCUGCCAGACGCCGGAUUGCGUUGCCUGACAUGCCUUUCAAUCUGGCCGAGGUACCUCGUGCCGUGAUCAGUGCCUGUGGUUCUGCGUUUUAUGCAGGCAUGAUCGGUCGAUACUGGCUGGAGAAUAUUGCCCGUCUACCUGUCGAUAUCGAUGUUGCCAGUGAAUUGCGCUAUCGCGAUCCACCGCUGGCUCCGGGUUCACUGGGGAUCAUGAUCUCCCAGUCAGGAGAGACGGCGGAUACAUUGGCUGCGUUACGCUCCCUUCGUAGCAAGGGGCUUUCGGUUCUGUCAGUCCUCAAUGUCGAACACAGCACGAUGGCGCGUGAAAGCGAUGUUGUUUUCGGCACUGUUGCCGGCCCUGAAAUUUCCGUUGCAUCGACGAAAGCUUUUACCGCGCAGUUGACUGUUCUUGCCUGUCUGACCGUUGCGCUGGCGCGAGCAAGAGGCGCGAUUGAUAUUGCCGGAGAGGAAGAGCUGGUUUCGUCUUUGCUCGACCUGCCCAGUCGGGCUGCGGAAGCGCUUCAGCAGGGUGAUGAUAUUCGCCGGAUGGCAGAAAUUGUUGCUGAAGCUCAGGAUGUUUUAUAUCUGGGCCGAGGCAGUGCUUUUCCUGUUGCUCAGGAAGGUGCGUUAAAGCUGAAGGAAAUUUCCUAUAUUCAUGCUGAGGCUUAUGCCGCGGGAGAGAUGAAGCAUGGACCGAUCUCUCUGAUUGAUCGCAGCGUGCCUGUGGUUGUCACGGUUCCGUCGGGGGCCUUGUUUGAAAAAACCCUUUCCAAUGUGCAGGAAGCGAAGGCCCGUGGAGGACGCAUCCUUGCAUUUACGGACACGGAAGGGGCUGCACGCGUGCGUGAAAUCGCCGAGCAUGUGGUGGUCAUGCCCCGUGUCAGCGAAUUCCUUGCUCCUGUCGUGCAGGUUAUCCCGACGCAGAUGCUGGCAUAUGAAGUUGCAUUGCUCAAAGGCACGGAUGUUGAUCAGCCGCGUAAUCUUGCAAAAUCCGUAACAGUCGAAUGA